CAGAAGCCUUCUUACCAUCGUUACAGCACACAAUCACAUCACAAUUUUUAMUGCUCAAUCUAAAAACAACCAAGAUGAAGUUCGUUGCUGCCGCCACCCUUGCCCUUGCCUCUUCGGCUUCGGCCUUUGCCCCUGCUUCUACUGCCAGCGUAAGUACUCUGGUAGUAUUCAGAUUCUUAGAAAUGGAGUCGAUUGCCGAUGGAGAAUUGUGUCGGAAUUGCUCCCUCACGACAAGGAAGAUCACGGUCGAUAUCGAACCACUGCGUAUGAACUACCUUUUGUGCCUUGUUMGGUUUUUGCGAAUUGAUUGGAAUAGGUARUGAGCGCCAUCCAUAGAUUGAAUGAAAUUGGCUCAUAGUUUGUUCUUCUUUYGCUGGCUUUCUUUCAACGCGCCUCCCGUCUCGAUCCUCGGGAUUCGCUUCACGUCACGAACUACGUYACGUAUAUAUCAAUAUGAAACAACGCUCUGCAGAGUAACACCGCCCUUAAGAUGUCUCUCAAGGACGAUCUUAUGACUGCCGGAAAGGCCGCCGUUGCCGGAGCCGUUGUUUUCGGAGCCAUGGCUUCCCCUGCCCAAGCUUUGACCAAGGCCGAGACCAACUCUCUUACCUACCUUCAGGUCAAGGGAACCGGUCUUGCCAACAGAUGCCCUGAAGUUAUUGGAGAGGACAGCAUCAAGCCUACUUCCGGCCAAAAGCUCGUUGAGAUGUGCAUCGAACCCAAGGCCUGGGCCGUUGAGGAAGAAAUCGGAARGGGAGGAAAGACCGAAAAGAAAUUCGUCAACUCUAAGGUCAUGACCCGACAGACCUACACCCUUGACGGAAUUGAGGGUGUCCUUGAACAAUCCGGAGGAAGCAUYGUCUUCAAGGAGAAGGAAGGUAUUGAUUACGCCGCCACCACUGUCCAGCUUCCUGGAGGUGAACGUGUUCCUUUCCUUUUCACCGUAAAGGACCUUGUCGCCAAGGGAUCCAGCGACACCUUCAAGCCUGGUUUCCAAAUGGGAGGAGACUUCUCUGUUCCUUCUUACCGUACCGGUCUUUUCCUUGACCCUAAGGGACGUGGAGGUACCACCGGAUACGAUAUGGCUGUCGCCCUUCCCGGUCUUCAAUCCGGAGAGGAAGGAGAUGAUGAGCUCUUCCGUGAGAACAACAAGACUUUCGAUGUYACCACCGGACGUAUCGAGAUGGAAGUCAACAAGGUCAACAAGGAGGACCAAGAAAUUGGCGGAGUUUUCGUYGCCACUCAGCUCGGAGAUACCGAUAUGGGAUCCAAGAUCCCWAAGAAGGUCCUCACCAAGGGAAUCUUCUACGCCCGUGUCGAUUAAAUCAUUUUGUUGGAUCUAAUUUGAUUCACAUCUAACAGUACAACACUGUGUUGUACUGAAACAGAUUAAGGAACAAAGCAAGCUAGUGCAGCGAGAAUGUUGUUCGUCCUACUUCUGCCUAUAUCAAAAUCCAUCGAACCGUUGGAUCCUCAUGCCAACAACCUUUUUGCUAUGACCCUGACACGAUUAUAGAGAAGUACUAAAUAUUGUAUCUAUAAUAAUGACAUCAGUUGAGU